UCAUCUCCAACAACCUGUCCUUCCUACAGUCCAUCCCGACCUGGGGGGCCGCCAUUUUGGUAUCUGCGAUGACGUCAUUGGCCACUGAAGUGACGAGCAACUCGGUCAUCUGUAUACUGGUGCUGCAUCCUGGGCGAAAUAGCUCUUGACAUGCACGUGCACCCCCUGUAUCUGAUGCUGCCCACGACCGCCGCCUGCUCAUUGGCCUUCAUGCUGCCUGUGGCCACGCCCCCUAACGCCCUGGUGUUUGCUUACGGUGAUGUCAAGGUCACAGACAUGAUCAAGUGCGGCUUUAUCCUCAACAUGCUCGGCGUGGCAGUAAUCUCCCUUGGCAUCAACACUUGGGGUCAUGCCGCCUUCUCAUUGGACAGCUUCCCAACCUGGGCACAGGGCCUCAUUCUUCAGGACCCCAACGCCACGCUUUCUGAUGUCCUCACAACCACCACGGUUCCAGAUUUCGUGGGGAAUUGGACGGUUUCAGGAAAUAUUUCCACGUAUCUUUAAACUCAAGAUUGGUUAUCUAUGUAUAGGGUACGGUAUAGCUCGUGUGUCACAGAAGAAAUAUGGUGAGAGAGCUUUUUCUUUUUCCAGGCCAACAGUUUGGAACACUCUCCCUCAGGA